AAAUGUCAUAUAAGUUAUGAAAUAUCAACGAUAUCUAUGAAUAUCCUGUAAGUUCUUUCAUUUACUUUAUAAAUAAUGGUGCGUGAACGUAGCCCUGAUCGACGACGGUCCCGUUCUAGAGACAGACACGAACGCAACCGCCAUGACGACCGUGAAUCACAUCGGGACAAAACCAAGCGCAGAGAGCGUUCCCGAAGCCCUAGAAAAGAAAGAGACAGGUCUAGAAGCCCUAGUAAGAAAGACAAAGAUAGAUCUAGGAGUCCUAGGAAAGAAAGGGACAGAUCGCGUAGUCCUAUUAAAAAAGACCGUGAACGCUCUAGAAGUCCACGAAAAGAGCGCGGCCGGUCACGGAGUCCUAAGAAAAGGGACUUCAAAGAUAAAGACAGACGUGAAGAUAAAGACAAAAAUAAACCGAAAAGGGAAGAAGAAAAUGAUGAAGUACAGGAAGUGGAAAUGGAAGAGGAACAGAAGCCUAUGAAACGUGAACCACUGUCAUUGGAAGAGUUACUGGCUAAAAAAAAAGCCGAGGAGGAAGCCAGGAGCAAACCUGUAUUCCUCACUAAGGAGCAAAGAGCUCAGCUUGCUCUGGAAAGGCGAAGGGAGCAAGUUGAAGCAAUGAGAGCCCAUGUUGAGCGCCCUACUAUAACCACCAUAGACCUCACUGGACCCUCUAAAAGAGAUGAUGAUAAAAAGUACAAAGAAGACAGGGAACGUGAAAAGGAGAGGGAACGUGAUAGGGAGAGAGAACGUGAAAAGGAGAGGGAAAGAGAACGAGAUAGAGACAGAAAAUAUGACGAUCGAAAGUCUGGAAGUGACAGAAGGGAUGAAAAAAGAGAUAAGAAUGACGAUCUUGCUACAGUAAAAGACAAGGAACGUGAAGAAGAAGCCAUCAAAGCUCGCUAUCUUGGCAUUGUAAAGAAGAAACGAAGAGUCCGAAGGCUUAAUGACAGGAAAUUUGUAUUUGAUUGGGAUGCUUCUGAAGACACUUCAAAUGAUUACAAUGCCUUGUACAAAGAGCGCCAUCAAGUACAAUUUUUUGGUAGAGGCCACAUUGCUGGCAUUGACAUUAAAGCACAAAAGAAAGAUCACUGCAAAUUCUAUGGAAACUUAUUGGAAAAACGAAGGACAGAAUUGGAGAAAGAACAAGAGAAGUUACGUCUUAAGAAAGUUAAGAAGAAGGAAGAUAAGCAGAAGUGGGAUGACCGACAUUGGUCAGAAAAGGAUCAUGAUGAAAUGACUGAAAGAGAUUGGCGAAUCUUUAGAGAAGAUUACAAUAUUACCAUCAAAGGAGGAAAGAUUCCGAAUCCCAUCCGUUCAUGGAAGGAAGUUAGCUUCCAUCCUGAUAUCAUGGAUAUAAUCAACAAAGUUGGCUAUAAAAGUCCAACCCCCAUUCAAAGACAAGCAAUACCCAUUGGCUUACAAAACAGAGAUAUCAUUGGUGUUGCAGAAACUGGUUCUGGUAAAACCUUGGCUUUCCUUAUUCCUUUACUUACUUGGAUUCAGUCUCUACCUAAGAAUGAGCGUAUGGAGGAUGCUGAUCAAGGUCCUUACGCCAUCAUCUUGGCGCCAACUCGUGAAUUGGCACAACAAAUUGAAGAGGAAACUAAUAAAUUUGGUAUCCCAUUAGGCAUCACAUCUGUUGUUGUAGUGGGAGGUCUCUCGCGCGAAGAUCAGGGCUUUAAACUGAGAUUGGGCUGUGAGAUUGUCAUUGCUACACCAGGUCGUCUUAUAGAUGUCUUAGAAAAUCGAUAUUUAGUACUGAACCGUUGCACUUAUGUAGUACUUGAUGAGGCUGACCGCAUGAUUGAUAUGGGUUUUGAGCCUGAUGUCCAGAAAAUUCUUGAAUAUAUGCCAGUUUCAAAUAUCAAACCCGACACAGAUGAAGCAGAAGAUGCUAAUGUUUUAUUGGCGAAUUAUAAUUCAAAGAAGAAGUACAGACAAACUGUGAUGUUUACAGCAACUAUGCCACCUGCUGUAGAGCGUUUAGCGAGAACUUAUCUCCGUAGGCCGUCUAUUGUGUACAUUGGAUCUGUUGGUAAACCUGUUGACAGAACUGAACAGGUGGUCUUCAUGAUAGGUGAGAAUGAGAAACGAAGAAAACUCACUGAAAUACUGCAACGUGGAGUUGAACCACCAAUUAUUAUCUUUGUCAACCAAAAGAAAGGCGCAGAUGUGCUUGCCAAAGGUCUUGAGAAGCUUGGUUUCAAUGCUUGCACGUUGCAUGGUGGUAAAGGACAGGAGCAGCGUGACUUUGCCUUGGCAAGUCUCAAAAAUGGUUCAAAAGAUAUACUGGUGGCGACAGAUGUCGCAGGUCGUGGUAUCGAUAUCAAGGAUGUCAGUAUGGUUAUUAAUUAUGACAUGGCGAAAACAAUUGAAGACUAUACGCAUCGUAUUGGUCGUACCGGCCGUGCAGGCAAGACAGGCAAAGCCGUAUCAUUCGUAACUAAGGAGGAUUCUGCACUCUUUUAUGAUUUGAAGCAAGUGUUACUCGCAAGUUCAGUCUCAACUUGUCCUCCAGAGCUAAUGAACCAUCCAGAGGCGCAGCAUAAGCCUGGUACAGUAGUCACUAAGAAACGAAGGGAGGAAAUGAUAUUUGCUUAGCUUUUAAGUGUAAACAUAUGCAAAUGAAUAUUGAAACAUUAGGAAAUAA